AGAUCACAGUAGUAAGGCACACAAAAAAUGCAGGAGGCGGGAACAGUAAAUAAAUAAACCAGUGUCCAGCGCCGGUGGAUGCUCAGCGCAACAAGUUCGCUUGUUAGUCAACCCGAAAUGUCAUCUACUCGGUGCUCCUGCCUUUGUGUUUGACAGCUCGACAACUCUGACAACCGCUUUUCCCCUCUUCCAGUCUUGUCUACCAUUUUCCCUUUACCCACGGACUUCUUCCUUUAGAGGACGAUUAGGUGGACAUUCGACCCUAAUUUCUCUUCCCGGAGUCCGCCGCGGAAAUGAUAUACUCGACAGCAUAUCUACCCAGAUUCCACGGCUGAAGAUGAUGGAACACCAGGAGCAGAGUGAUGACAUCAGUGUCCUGAGCCCGCUGGAGUUGCUGGCAGAGGCCGCCAAGGAGGAUGAUGGACACUGCCAACCACAGUUCAGGCUGCAACUGAUUGAUGACCUGACCUAUGAAGAUGUCAAGAAAUGCUACAGGGGCUCGACCGUCAGCAAGUACAAUUCCCAGUACCACAAGCUGUUCCAGACCGUGCCCAAGGAGGAGAUCCUCAUGAAAGUGUAUUCCUGCGCUCUUCUCCGAGACAUCCUACUUCAGGGCCGCCUCUACAUCUCCCGCAACUGGCUGUGUUUCUAUGCCAACCUCUUUGGGAAGGACAUCAAGGUGGCCAUUCCAGUGGUGUCAGUACGGCUGGUGAAGAAACACAGGACAGCAGGCCUAGUACCUAACGGGUUGGCCAUCACUGUGGACACCAGCCAGAAGUAUGUGUUUGUGUCCUUGCUGUCCCGAGACAGUGUCUACGAUGUCCUCAGGAGGAUCUGUACACACCUUCAGGUGAAUGGGAAGAAAAGCCUUAGCCUGAAGCAGUACUUGGAGGAGCCUAGCUCACUAUCUAUGGAUGAGUUCCCUGUGGUCAAUGACUUCCCUCCAGUGUUGAAGUGGAGGAGAAAGCCGUCCAUUCCGUCCGUGUCCUCCUCUCUCCCAGACCUCCUGGGGAACUCCACCAGCAGCCUGAGUGCAGUGGACACCCCCUACCUACCCACUGAGGUUCCACUGACAUUGAAGAGUAAGAUCAAAGAGCGGAGUCUGGAGACGGAGAAGAUCCUCCUGGCAGAGCCAGUGCCAGAGCUGGGCCACAUGGAGUACCAGCUGCUCAAGUUCUUCAUCCUUCUUAUCAUUCUGCUCAUCAUGUCCUCCUGCUACCUGGCCUUCCGUGUGUGUAGUCUGGAGCAGCAGCUGUCCUUCCUCAAUACACAUCCGACAGUGCACAUGAGAGAGAGGUAACACUUGCUGUAUGCUGCGUCCCCAUUGGACAGAUGUCCUGUCAGUCACGGAGGUUCUCCUGAUGAUUGGGCAAACAGAGACUCGGUUCAUUUACCUGUCCGACCAUGUAGGUGUGGAGGAGUGCCCUGCUGGUUCAAUGAGAAGACAAUGACUUGAGAAAAGCCCAGACCUGAAGCAAAAACUGCACUUAAACAGACAGCCUAGUAGGGGGUGCCAGUGAGUCAAUAAUCCUCUUGUCAUUCCCCAGAAAGACUAUGGACCCCUCGGACAAGAGACUAGGAUGGAAUGAGGAGAAUGGAGGAGGAUCGGAAGUAGAGGACUACAGAGUAGAUGUCAAUAGGGCUGUGCCAACCAAGCUCACCUGACCUUUGACCUCAAUGUCCUUAUUUUACUGCCAAGGAAUUACAAUUACAAUUCCAGUCGACUGAUCAGACACUUUCGCAUUCAGGAUUUUAGUCUUUUUUUUUUUUUUUCAGAGACUUUUUCAACAGGAACAGACUGAACCCAGUGGGUGUUUUUUGUGUACACUUUUGUGGAGAGAUGCUGCCAGAGAGACUGAAGACAAGGCAUUCCAUUCCGAUAAGGAACUCAACCUGACCUGGUCAAACAGUUCCCACCGCAACCCACCCGGCUAUGUUUACUGAGCACCGUCACUAAGGCACGAACUCUCCUGUACCCUAAUGAAGAAACUAUUUCAAUAGACAUUAUUAUCAGAACUUUAUCUGCCUGUCAGAAUUGUGAGAUGAUAUGCUAGAGUUACGGCUGAAUUAUAGCGGUCUUGUCAUGCAAACUGAAAACAUGGUACCGUGUGUGUCAGGUGAGGUGUGUCAGGUGAGGUCGACAAGUCAUGAAGUGAAAGGUGCGCUCGUGUGUGCGUGUCAGUGUGGGUGCGUGUUUACGUGUGUAUGAGUGUUUUCAACAUUAUGUGUGCAACUUAAACAAGUGACUAGGAAUAUCUCAAGGUAGCGUGCAGCUUCUCCACCUGACAAACGAUGCCUGCAUGUAAUGUAACACUAGAUAUUGACCGAAUUGUAAAGCCAUUGUCUGUGACACUGUUGCAUGGAUGUUAUCGAUGGAGUGCAACUAACGCAGAGUAAAGCAGUGAAGGUAUCGAGAGAGACGCAGGUUGACAGUGAAUGUCGUUGCUGUUCACUUGUUCCUUAACGUUCCACGUGGAGGUGUGUACUAUAGAGAUUGUACAGUACUUGAAACCUAAUCAUUGCAUUUCAUAGGAGAUUAUGUAUUCAUGUCAUCCAUGGUGUGGAAAAAUAUUGCAUCCACUUCAGCUACUAGGUGCACCUUUUUAAAGCGUAUCUGAGGCUGUUUCAGAGAGAAUUGUGUAGACUAGAGUGUAUUUACUACUAGAGCCUGUAUGUAUUUAUUUGUGUGCAAUUUUGUACUGAGUCAGAAAGGCAUGUUGUUUUUAGUGAGUCGGUAUGGGUGUUUGUUCACUGACGUAUUUCUAACAUGGGUCGUGUUCAUUUUGCACAAAAUGGGGGGGGGAAACUGAUUUUAAAUUAACUACUUGGAUUUGUCCAAUCGUGCCCUAAUGAAUACGACCCUGUCUUGCAGUAGGGCUGGAGUCAGCAGUGCCGUGCGUAACUGUGAGACAGCAGUGACUAAUAAACAGCCUUCCUUGC